AUGACUACUCCUGCUAUUCGAAUUGACGGCAUCGUCAACCCCGCCACUCAACCCCAACACGAACUCAUCAUGGCCGAGGGUGCUCCUUCAAUUGCACCCUCGCUAACCUACUCAGACGAUUCCGACUCCCAAGAAGAUGAGCCAGUCAUCCCUCUCGAGCGCCGUCGUCGUGCAUCUACACGUCUGAUUGCUCAAAAUGCCCGAGACAUUCAGCGAAUCACUGGUGAGACACCAGCUGAGUACAUGGGCCGAUGCUGUGGUGGUGCUUGCUGUAUGAGCGACCGAAAUAACGUUGAGUAUGAGGAGGUUCCUCUGCCCGACAAUGAUGCUUUCAAGUCACUCGGACUUCGACUUGAGAAGAUUCCUGCCGACCUGACCGGCAUCAUUCCUAUGCCCGAGCAAACUGUCUUUUUCACAUCAAUUCCUCGGCCGACUUCUUCUCCUUCUGACUCAGCUGUCUCACUCGAUUCCGAUUCUGAGUCUUCCCCUUUGUCCACUUCCUCCAAGAACAAUUUUCUGGUUCCUGGUCCUGGAUAUGAGGGUGUCGAUACCGCCAUUCAACCUCCUCGAUUCGUCCAGCCUCAUCCUCCCCACAACGUGUACCCGGCCAAGAUCCACAACACUCGUGAGCUCACCAAGCCUGGUGCCGAGAAGCGAACCUUCCACUUCGAUCUUGAUAUUACCGAUUACCCUCCUGAGGAAGUUUUCGACUUCAAGGUUGGUGGCGCCAUUGGUGUAAUGGCCCCUAAUGACGAGAUUUCGGUUGAUGAGAUUCUUGAUGCUCUCAUGAUCCCACGCUUCCAGCGUGACAAGCCUGUUCUCAUGAAGACAACUAAGGGUCGCUGGCCUACUGUCUGGGGUGACGAGAAGGCCCGCGAGCUCAUCACCACACGCCGUGAGCUCCUCACAUGGACCACCGAUAUUCAGUCUUAUGCUCCUACCAAGGAGCUGCUCCGUGUCAUUGCGGAGCAUGCCACCGCCCCUAACGAGAAGAAGAUCCUUGAGUAUCUCUGUUCUAAUGAAGGUGCCAGCAUCUUUUCCGACUUCCGUGGUGGUCCCCACACCACCCUCUCUCAAAUCCUUAACGCGUUCCCUAGCUCUCAUCCUCCCAUGGACCAACUCCUAUCUGUCCAAGCUCAGCUCAUGCCGCGAUUCUACUCUCUUUCCAACGAUCCUACCGAAUCAUAUACCCUCCGAGAACAUGCUCAGCGUCGCUUGAUCGAGAUUGCUGUUACGGUCCAUGACUCCAUGGAUUGGCGACGUGGCUGCCGUGCCGGCGUUGGAUCUGGAUUUUUUGAGCGACAGGCUCACAAGUUUAUGAGAGCCCAAGCUGCUGGUGAACGCUCCCCUCAAAUAUUCAUCCCGAUGUUCAAGGGUUUGAUGGCCAAUCCUCUGGCCAAGCAAUUCAACUCCGAUGGCCCUAUGCUUCUGAUCGGUGCCGGUGUUGGUAUUGCCCCAUUCCGUGGUUUCGUCCAGCGCCGUCUCAAGCAGGCCAAUUGCGCCAACAAGGUUUGGGUCCUUCAGGGCAUCCGAGAUUCAUUGGUGGAUGAGAUCUACAGUGGCGAGUGGGGCGUUCAUGAGGAAGAGGUGAAGCGUGUCGUUCAAAGCCGAGUCGGUACCGGCAAGUAUGUGCAAGAAGAGGUUAUGAACCAGUCUGACCUGGUUUGGUACAUCAUCAACUCCUUAGACGGCCGUAUUUUUGUGUGCGGAAGCAGCAAGGGUAUGGGUGAGGGUGUCGAGGAUGCCCUCUGCGAUGUCGCCAUGGAAAAAGGCAACCUGGAGCGUGAGGAGGCCCGCAAUUUCUGGAUGCUCAAAAAGGAAGAGGGCAAGUAUAUUUCCGAGACGUGGUAA